AUGAGGUGUCAGGAAAAGCUGCAGAAAAAGUCACAUUUGAAUUUCUUUGACUUUGAAGGACAAAGGAGCCAUAUAACACACCUCUUUGAAAAUGAUCGUCAUUUUUCUCACCUCUCGACAUUGGAAAGGGAGAUGGCUUUUCGCACUGAAAUGGGACUGUAUUAUUCCUACUUCAAGACGAUUGUGGAAGCACCCUCAUUUUUGAAUGGUGUGUGGAUGAUUAUGAAUGAUAAGCUCACUGAAUACCCCCUAGUUAUUAAUACAUUAAAACGGUUCAAUCUUUAUCCUGAGGUAAUCUUAGCCAGCUGGUAUCGGAUUUAUACCAAAAUAAUGGACUUGAUUGGGAUUCAAACCAAGAUAUGUUGGACAGUUACCAGAGGAGAAGGACUCAGUCCUAUUGAAAGCUGUGAAGGAUUGGGAGAUCCUGCUUGCUUUUAUGUGGCUGUAAUUUUUAUUUUAAAUGGACUAAUGAUGGCAUUAUUCUUCAUAUAUGGCACAUACUUAAGUGGCAGCCGAUUAGGAGGCCUGGUUACAGUGUUAUGCUUCUUUUUCAAUCAUGGAGAGUGUACCCGUGUGAUGUGGACACCACCCCUCCGUGAGAGCUUCUCCUAUCCAUUUCUUGUACUUCAGAUGUUGCUUGUGACUCAUAUUCUCAGGGCUACAAAACUUUAUAGAGGAAGCUUGAUUGCACUGUGCAUUUCCAAUAUAUUUUUCAUACUUCCUUGGCAGUUUGCUCAGUUUGUACUUCUUACUCAGAUUGCAUCAUUGUUUGCAGUAUAUGUGGUGGGAUACAUUGAUAUAUGCAAAUUACGGAAGAUCAUUUAUAUACAUAUGAUCUCUCUUGCACUUUGUUUUGUUUUGAUGUUUGGAAACUCAAUGUUAUUAACUUCUUACUAUGCUUCCUCUUUGGUAAUUAUUUGGGCUGUGCUGGCAAUGAAACCACAUUUGCUGAAAAUAAAUGUAUCUGAACUUAGUUUAUGGAUUAUCCAAGGAUGUUUUUGGUUAUUUGGAACUGUACUGCUCAAGUAUUUGACAUCUAAAAUCUUUGGUAUUGCAGAUGAUGCUCACAUUGGCAACUUAUUAACAUCAAAAUUCUUCAGUUACAAGGAUUUUGAUACUUUAUUGUACACCUGUGCAGCGGAGUUUGACUUUAUGGAAAAGGAGACUCCAUUGAGGUAUACGAAGACAUUGCUGCUUCCUGUGGUUCUUGUUGUGUUUAUUGCAAUUGUUAGGAAGAUUAUUAGUGAUAUGUGGGGUGCCUUAGCUAAACAACAAACACAUAUAAGGAGUGCUCACAGAGAUAAUGUCAAAGAUGAUCGCUGUGGUAUCGUUUGUCAUCUGGUUUAUCAUGCACUGCAGCUGCUAGCAUAUGCAGCCCUGGGUAUUUUAAUUAUGAGGCUAAAACUCUUCUUGACCCCACAUAUGUGUGUUAUGGCUUCCUUGAUCUGCUCAAGACAGCUGUUUGGAUGGCUCUUUUGCAAAGUACAUCCUGGUGCUGUUGUUUUUGCUGUAUUAGCAGCAAUGUCAAUACAAGGUUCAGCAAAUCUGCAAACCCAGUGGAAUAUUGUUGGGGAAUUCAGCAAUUUGCCACAAGAAGAACUUAUAGAAUGGAUCAAAUACAGUACUAAACCAGAUGCAGUGUUUGCAGGAGCCAUGCCCACAAUGGCAAGUGUUAAACUCUCUGCUCUCCGGCCCAUUGUGAAUCAUCCACAUUAUGAGGAUGCAGGGUUGAGGGCCAGAACGAAAAUAGUGUACUCUAUGUAUAGUCGAAAAGCAGCUGAAGAAGUGAAGCAACAGUUGAUUAAGUUAAAAGUCAAUUAUUAUAUUCUAGAAGAGUCAUGGUGUAUAAGAAGAUCCAAGCCUGGUUGCAGUAUGCCUGAAAUUUGGGAUGUGGAAGAUCCUGCAAAUGCUGGGAAAACUCCCUUAUGUAACCUCUUGGUGAAGGAAUCAAAGCCUCACUUCACCACUGUAUUCCAGAACAAUGUUUACAAAGUCUUAGAAGUUAUAAAAGAAUGA